AGAAUUUCUUAUAUUUUUUCUUUUCUACUUAAUAUAUGCACAUUUAAAUACAUUAUAAUAAUCUUUUCAAUUAUAAUAUCAAGUAUAAUCGGGAAUCAACUGGUUAAAGUAAGUUGAACUUUUGCUAAAGACAAAAAAAAAAAAAAAACAACAGCAGCAAACAAUUAAUGAAGCCAGAAUUUGGUCAGUAAAGAUACAAACAUUGAAAACCUGUUUAUUUUACAUGACAAAACCAGGUGUAAAUAGUUAUUCUCUUGUCAUGUAAACAGUUUAAUUAAAUACGUAUGUAAUUGUCAUGCGUCAUUCUGGAAUAUUAAAAAAUGCAUUGAAAAAUAAUAUUGGUUUUGCAUAAGUAAGAUCUAAUUCAUAAUUCAAAAUUAAUAUUAGAUUCACUCCAUUUGAAUGCAUACUUGGCAUACACUUACUUUUUAUUUUAAUUUUUAUUUUGAUAACUCAAAUUACCAGAAUAUUUAAAUAAAUUAUGAACUUUUUUUGGCUAAUGCCACCUUAAGUAAAUCGAUAAGAAAAUGACCCCAAGAAAAUAUAAAUCAAACGAAAAAAAAAACACAAUUUACAUUACAUAUUUAUGUAUAUUAUAUACUUAAUUUAUUUUUCAUUGUUGGAAUAGAAUACAUUAAUAUCGUCAAAAUGCAAAUAAGUUCAUACAGUAAUUACGUCAAGUUGUUCUAGUUAUUUUUUUUCCUUUCUAUUUAUAUAAUAAUACAAUUACAAAGUAAUUACUGUUUUUCAAAAUGUACCAAGUAUUUAGAUGACGAUUCAAUACAUAAUCUGCAGAUUGAUAGAUUAAUGCGUAGGCCAUUAAGUCGAAAGUGCGUGAAAAUUUAACCCAAUUUGAAAUCAAAAACUUUAAAAUUCUGUUGUCUUACUCAAUUUCUCUUAAUAUUAAUAGGUUAUAAUCUUAAUUAGGUUAUAUACUAUAUAUACAUACAUAUAUUUUGUGUAAAAAUAAUCAAACCACUAACGAUUUAAACUGAACAGUGGCAUUGUUUUUAUAUUAAUUAUUAUUUUUGAUAUUGACCACAUGUAGCGUACAAAUUAAAUCCUACAUUUUAACAAAUUCUGUUUAAAAUUGUAAUUUUAAUGUAAAAAUAGCUUUGACGGACUUUAUUUUGCUUUUUGCGCUUCUCACACAUGAAUGUUAAUUAAAUGUGUUAAAAAACUUAAUUUAUCACUUCCACAAUACUAAACUCGUGUUUUGUCUAUUAAGCUACAUAUCUAUUAAAAAAGAACAAAAUAAAAAUAUUUUAAAUAAUUGAAUGCGAUCUUAACUUUAGUGUCAGUAAGUGGACAGACAAGUAAUCUUUAAUGCAUUAGAUUGUGUCAUAAACAAAAGAAAGAUAAAAUGAACGUCUUCAUAAAACCAUAAUAACCAUAAGAAUGAAGAUUCCAAGUGGUCACUAAUAUUAAACAAAAAAAAUCAAUUCCUAUUCAUUAAACGUUUGUCACAACCAAAUCAAAGGAAGGGGGAACAUGAUUUCUCACAUUUAUUACAAGGCAAAUUUUAUAUUCAACAUUAUUUAAACAAUAAUUUUGUUGAUUGUUGCUCGAAAUUGAAAGGAAAAUUAAGCCAAAGUGGUGGUGUGUAUGUAGUUUAAAAAAAUAUAUUUACCACAAUAUAUUGAUUUUCGAUUCGGCUUAAAUUAUGGUUGUUGUAACAAAAACGAAAAAAAAACACAAUACAAAAAAUUAUGUCAUUCUUUACAGAAUAAUAAAGAAAAAGAAAAAAACAAAAGUUUAACUACUAAUAAAAUUUCCUUUUGAAUAUUAAGCAAAAAUAUUGCAAAAGAACGUAUUUUUCAAUGUUAAAUAGUGAUGUAAUGACGUAUUUAAACAAUAGACUAAAAUUUUAAAUUGCAUUUUUUAUAUUUUUAAAGGAUAAAGAAGAUGUUUUCGUUUUUAUGCCAAAAGUCGAUGACACUGCAACACAUGCAACAUACAUAUUAUAAAUAGUACAUAAAAACAUUUACUAUAUACUACAUACAUAUGUAUGUACAUAUGUAGAUCUGCAUAUAGUGAAUCUUUUUCUUAUGUUUGGAAAUCAACACAAUUUUAUUUUUUGUAUUUUACAUGAGGAUUAUUUAAUUUAAUUUAUUAUGUAUUUGUAACUCUGCAGUCAUGUAAAUAGAGCAGUAAAUGUUUGUACAACCUGGUGAACUACUCGUAUGUACUUUUUUAAUUCGUAAAAUACAAAAACUGCUCGUAUUUACAACGGCCGUUACUUAUAUUCAUUCUUCUUGCUCUCUUUUGAUUUCGAAAAACAUCAAAUAAAGAAAGAGUAAUGGGGAGAAAAGUUGACGAAGCAAACCACCGAAUACUAAAAAGUUAGAAUAGAAUGAAUACGUCAUAAUUGUUGGUUUAAAGGUUACCAUGGAGCUUGUGCAAAACAUUGUUAUUUUUUUUAUAUAAUUUUUCUUUUAUUAUUCUUCAUACUCCAGUGCUAGAUUUGAUAGUUAUUUUCAUAGUAUGUAUGUAUGUUCGUUUAAAUGUUGUAUAUUUAUUUAGUGAUUGAAUAGGCUUGAAUUUCUGGUGGCGAAUUAGUGGCGCCUUCAUGUGUAGCAAACAGACUUACUUUUACGAAACUACAAAUAUUAAAUAAGGAAAAAAGGAUAUUUUGUUAGUAUUUUAACGGUUAAUCUAAAUACACGUCCCAACGGUUUGGGACUAAAAAAAAAACAAAAAAAGUUGUAAAAAGUUCAAUUUGUUAUUAGUUUUUAUUUUUGUAGUCAUCGUCAGCCUCGCUGUAGGCUGGCGUCGCUGCGGUUGACUCAUUCGAUAGUUCGUUUAUAUACUCGUAUGUACUUACGAAUAAAAAUUUACAUACACGCGAAAACAAAUAUGUAGCAAAGUAUCCUUUGUGUGUCUCGUCCAUUUUUAAUUUUUUGUCAUUCAUUCUGUUUUGCUGUUCAUUAGUGUAGAGUAUUAGAAGAAACAGGAUAAUUUGGUUUUGUAAAGUUGUCUUUUUUUCUAUUGGAAAUUUGUUCGAUUAUUUAUUUUUAAAGAAUAAAUUUAUAAAACCGUUUCGUUCACAAAGCUAAAGUGUUUGGUUGUUAUUGUUGUUGCUGUUGCUUAGACAGACCGGGAUAAAACGGGUAAGACUCUCCACAACAAGAUGCCAUCUGCACCUACACACACUGCCGAGGAGGCUCGUCUACUGGGAACCAUGCCAGUUGAUCCCAUGGACGAUAUUGAGCUGCGCUCUGUGCAAUUGCAAUUCCCUCAUGCUCGUGGCUCAAUUAUUGAUGCUUGCGACCAAAGACGCAUACCAACGGAUAAAGGUGAUGUUUUAGUGGCUAUACAAGGUGAUACAACGAAACCAGCCAUUUUAACUUAUCAUGAUUUGGGAUUGAACUAUGCAACCAGUUUUGCUGGAUUUUUCAAUUAUCCUUUGAUGCGAGGUUUAUUAGAAAAUUUCUGCGUUUAUCAUGUCACAGCACCGGGACAAGAGGAAGGCGCACCUACUUUACCAGAAGAUUACAUUUAUCCAACAAUGGAAGAGCUGGCCAGUCAAUUACAAUUUGUUUUAUCCCAUUUUGGUCUCAAGUCUGUUAUUGGCUUUGGCAUUGGGGCUGGAGCAAAUAUUUUGGCACGCUUUGCAUUAGCUCAUCCCGAUAAAGUAGGAGCCAUGUGUCUUAUUAAUUGUGUUUCUACCCAAUCGGGAUGGAUUGAAUGGGGCUACCAAAGUUUUAAUGCCCGUUAUUUACGUACUAAAGGUAUGACUCAAGGUGUAAUUGACUACUUGAUGUGGCAUCAUUUCGGACGUAAUCCCGAGGAACGUAAUCACGAUUUAGUACAAAUGUACAAACAGCAUUUUGAACGUGGUAUUAAUCCCACCAAUUUGGCCAUGUUCAUAAAUUCUUACAUUCAUCGCAACGAUCUUAAUAUCUCACGUACACCACCCGGUACACCUGGAACUGAACCAUCUGCUGCAACCUUAAAAAUGCCCAUUAUGAAUAUAACUGGUGCUUUAUCACCUCAUGUUGACGACACGGUAACAUUCAAUGGCCGUUUGGAUCCAACCAACUCUACAUGGAUGAAGAUUUCGGAUUGCGCCAUGGUUUUAGAGGAACAACCAGCUAAGUUGGCCGAAGCCUUUAGGCUUUUCUUACAAGGCGAAGGCUACGCUACGCCGCUUUCAACACCAGCAUCAUCACCUUGCGGUACUAAGUACCUAUCGUAUUCGAAUAUAUUUUUUGCCAACUUUAAAGAGGAACAGGAACGGGUCUUGGCCGAGAAAUUGAAACAUCAGCAGCAACAACAACAACAACACACACGUAUACGCACCAAUACUCGUCUGUGUCGCGAAACAGCCAUUAACAAUAACAACGAUUGCUCAUCAUCGGAAUCGCAGGACUACGCAUCAACAUUGGAUAAUGGAAAUGUGCAAAUCAAUGAAACUGCCAAUAUUUUAUAUGAACACAAUUCUGAAAUACUAGACAACAUUGAAGAGGAGGAGGAAUGCUCAUUGAAAAAGCACACUAUCAAUGGAACAUUGUACACAACUGCAUCCACAAAUGGUGGCCCAACAGCACAGUCAAAAAAGAUACGCAUUACUGAAAACCCACUGCCGGAACCAGUUAGCUGUUAAAUCAUUUUAGAAAUUCAACAGAAUUUCGUAAUAAUAAUAUGAGUAUGUUUUCAUAAGUUUAGUUUUUUUUAGUUCCAUUUUCCUUCAUGCCACUCUAGUGUACCACAUCCUUUCCUACUACCAUUUCCUCUUUCAAGACGCUAAAGUAUUGAUCAAUCUUUAACUUAUAAUAGUGGUUUUAUAUAGAUAGAUUGGAUAGUGUGGCUUUUCUAAAAUAAUUAGUUGUAACACAGGAGUUUUAUUAUUAAUUAAUCUAGUUAUCAACAAAUUGUUAAAGAGAAUCAUUUUACUUAUGCUUUUUUGUAGUGAAAAAAUACAAAUAAUAAACAAUAUUAAAAACUCUAGAGCAGAAUGUCGUAAAAAUAACUGAAAAUGUGGGACAUCAAACUGUGUGCCUACAUUGAACUGUUUCUGAGAUAAUAUUCCUUUCAUGAACCAAAUAAUAUGAGAGCUUAUUAUUUGUUUGUUUUUGAUUCGAGAAUACUCUUCAUUGUAAACUGAUUUAAAGAAUCAAUAUCAAUAAAAUUUCCCCCAAUGUCGGUGUUGUCUAUAUUCCUGGAAUAUACAAAACUUAUCUAUAUAAAAACUAAGUAUCGACAUUCUGCUUUAAGUUGAAUAGUUUUAAGUUAUACAAUAUUGUAUAUCUAAAAAACGUCCAUAUUGUUAAAAUAUUUGACGAAAUAAGCCCUGAUGCAAAUCUGCAAAUUUUGUAGAAACAAACAGUAUAAAAUACUACUGUGUUCUAUUAAAAAAUAAUAUUAUUUAUCAAAAGUUAAAAUUAAGUUAAAAUUUAGUGUCGACGCUUAUUUCGACAAAUAUUCUAGAGAAUAAAACGUAACUAAAUAGAAUUUUAUUUCAAAUCUUUUUUGUUCAAUUCAUUAGUGAUUGUAACAGAAAUAAAUACAUAUGAAUAAUCGAUUCUUAAUAAUCCCACAACAGUUGUUUGUAGUUAGUUAAGUAGAAUCUAAAGCAAAACACUUUCAAAUUGUUAAAGAAUCUAUUAAAAAUUAGUAGAUAAUUAUAAAUGUCCAUUUUAAUUUAAAACCCAAAUUUAGAAUAACGAUAAUAAAAUUAUGUAUUUUCAUAGAUGUUAGAUAAUGCCGCUAUCGAAACUUGGAUAAAGUUAUAGUUAAAAGUAUAACAAGCUAACUAAAAAAAAUUCACUAAUAAUUUAUUGUAAAAUGUUUUGAAAUUUUUGUAAAUUUACACAUUUCAAUACGUUCGUUUAUAAACUGAAUUUCUCAUUUUGGAAAAAUUGCAUUUCCAUUCAUAAAAUAUUUUGAUAUUUUAUUACGAAUAGUUAAAGUUUUUAGUUCACUUUGUGCCUGAAAACACAUAUGGAAACACACUUGCGCAUACACACAAACAUUUUAAAAAACAUUAAUUUUAUUAAUUAUAAAAAGAAAACCAAAUAAAAAACUGCGAGCUUUCAUUACGAUAAGAAGAAAAACUGCUUAAAUUAAAAAUAUUACCAAAAAGGCACCAAAUUAUAUUAUUUCUUAUUAGUUACUUCUUUUUUUUAUUGAAGCAAUAAUAAUUUGACAGUGCCUCUUUAAAUGAUAAAUACAUAAAUACAAACAAUAAAAUAAGUAAAUAAAUAUUAAAUAUAAAAACAUAAAAUAAAACUUUAAAAGGAACCAUUGUAUAGCAUAUCAAAAAAAUGUUACGGUAUUUAUUACAACAAAACCAAACAACUUAAGGAAUU